UUUGUUAGUGCGUUGGAGUUAGUGCUGGCUAGCUUGACUUUGGUUAUGACAGUGUUAGUGUGAGUGAGUGUCUGUAAACAAUAUUCUAUUUAUUUUCUAGAAAGCUAUGUCUUCUUCCAUAUUAAGGAAGAGCCUACAACUUUUUGAGGAAGAUCAACCAAAAGGAAAAGACAAAUCAAAGGGGAGAAGGAGUAAAGCUGUAGAGGUCUCCUCUAAGAGGGGGAUCAGGAAGCGGAGAAAGCGGACAGCAGACCAUGUCGGGAAACCCAAGUCAAGCCUAUCCAAGGAGUCAGCCCUAGAAACUUAUAAUAGAAACAAAUCUGUGGAUCUUACUGAAGACUCCCUGUAUUAUCUUAACCUGAUUUCCAAUGUUGGAGGUAAACCUGAUGCCAAGACAGUCAAUACUAUUUUGGAGUACAACAAAGGGAAAUUAUCAAGAAAUCAGAAGAAAAUAGAAGAAAAACCAAAAGAACAGUCUAUAUUCAGUGACAAGGACUUUGAAGACUUUAGAAAGGAAUAUCUAAAUUCUUGAUAUGAAUUUAAAAAAUAAACCAUGUACAUUUUAGGCAUUAUUUAGUACUUCUGGACUUCAUUUAUUGGUCCAAGUUUUUGCUGCUCAUUAGGUGAUUACUGGAAUGUUUACCAGUGUUUGUUGAUGAGGUUUGAGCUGGCUACUCCAUCAGUAAUUGUGACCAGAGGAUUACCGUUAACAUGUAAUAAUUGUAUUAAUACAUGUGCAUAUGACUUUUCAGGGUUUUUUUUUAAAGAAUGAUUAAUCAAAACUAUGAUAGCUCAUUUUCUCAUUUUAAGCAUGGACUUUCUUUCAAGUUGCAAUAAAAUGUCAGUCUUUUUUCAAA